AUGAAUUGCGUUUGCUCCCUCUCGCUUCGCUUCGAAUCCGUUCUCAUAAAGACAGCUAGGUACGCUAGUAAUGGUCAAGUCAUGAAAAAGUUUUCUAUUUACCGAUAUAAUCCCGACAAACCCGACCAAAAGCCCUAUAUGCAGACUUUUGAGAUUGAUACAAGUGACUGUGGUCCAAUGGUUCUAGAUGCUUUGAUCAAAAUCAAAGCAGAAUGUGACCCAGCCCUCACAUUCCGUCGUUCCUGCCGUGAGGGCAUCUGCGGCUCCUGCGCCAUGAACAUCGAUGGCCGUAAUCAUCUGGCUUGUAUCUACGCUAUUCCGAAGAACAAUAAAAUCACCAAAAUUUAUCCUCUUCCACACUCUUAUGUCGUGAAGGACUUGGUAGUCGAUAUUGCGAACUUUUACUCCCAGUUCCGUUGGAUUGAGCCCUACCUUAAAAAGAAGGAAUUUACUGACGAACAAAUCGGUGAGAAGUUCUUUUCGCAGUCCCUUAAAGAUAGCAAAAAGCUCGAUAACUUGCAAGCGUGCAUUCUCUGCUUCUGUUGUUCGGCUGCUUGCCCCUCUUACUGGUGGAAUUCGGACAAGUACCUCGGUCCGGCUACGUUGCUACACGCCUACCGUUGGAUAGUGGAUUCCCGAGACGAUUUUACCUUUGAGCGUCUGGAGCAGCUGCAGAACAAGUGGUCUGUUUACCGUUGCCACACCAUUAUGAACUGUACACAAACGUGUCCAAAGGGUCUAAAUCCCGGCAGGGCCAUCGCUGAGAUCAAGAAGAUGUUGAUCUACUACAGUAGCUACAAGAACAAGAAGCCCAUGAACGACCGUUUGGAGAACGCCGACCCCACCUGA